AUGGCUUCCUUUGCAAACCACAUUGUUUUAUUCUUCUUUCUGCUGUUUUCUUCUUCUGUCCAGAUUCAAGCUAGGGAGAGCAAGUUCUUUAGCAAGAUCUUCCACCUUGGGGCCAAAAUUUCUCCUCUAGUGGUACCUACACCAACGCCAGCACCAGCACCAGCACCAGCAUCGGCGCCGGCACUAGCACCGACAGUGGCACCUGCAACGGCACCGGCUAACAUUGGUAUCCAAGAUCCUUAUUAUGGCCUCUAUGGUCAUGGCUCUGGCAUGUUUCCCCCUGCAAAAGAGGGUGUCACCACUAGCAACACUCCCACCGCUUUUGAAAACGAUCUUUUCGCCGAGGAACUUGCGGAUGAAAAAUACGAGAGCGGCUACGAGAAAAACAACUACUAUUACAACAACAACAACAACAACAACAAUGGCUACACUCUCAGCAGCUACAACAACAAUGGCUACAGCGGGAACUACAACACCAAUGGCUACAAUGACAACUACAACAACAAUGGGUAUGAGACAGAGAGACAAGGAAUGAGUGACACCAGAUUUGUAGAAGGUGGUAAGUAUUAUCACAAUAUGAAGAAUGAGAAUUACUACCCUAAUGGAUAUGAGUUUUCAUCAAGCAAGGGUACUAAAAAUGAAGGUUACUAUGGGAAUACAGAGAACUCCAAUGAGUUCAACUCCAUGGAAGAGUUUCAGAACAAGGAAGAUCAGUACAUGGAGAGGCAAGAAGAGUAUGUGCCCUAG